AUGGAAAUGCGUUCCCUGACCAGAUGCCUUCGUCCGAGGCCGGCUAUCUCGCAGCUCUACACCAAGCAGCCGUCGACCCUCCUGCGAGGCCAAUUCCUCCGCUACUCGUCAUCAGACAACGGAUCCAGCAACCCCCAGGGCAACGAGCGAAGCCCAACUACUCAGCCCGCACCCUCCUCUUCUCUCUCCCAAUCCCCUUCCGCAACUCCAUUCAGCAAGACCCCCAGAUUCACCACACCACCACGCAACUCCGCAGACUACGGGGAUUUCGAAACCGUCCUCAACAAUCUCAAUUUCAGCCGCAAGCAAACUCCCACCACCACAGACAACCCAGACGCCGCCUCUUCGCUGUCCCGCGACGUCGGCGCCUCCGCCAAAACAGACAACUACCGGCAACCGGUCCGCCGGGUGGAAUUGAAGCUCGGUCCUAGUCUGGGCCGUCAGGUGCACGUUGAGCCGGAGAAGGGGUAUGAUCUUGAGGCGGCGAUGCGGACGCUGAAUGCUGCGUGUAUGCAGAACAAGAUUCUGCAGACGCAGCGGAGGCAGAAGUUCCAUGUGCGGAGGGGGCAGAUGAGGAAGAAUCUGAGGAUGGAGAGGUGGAGGAAGUUGUUCAAGUUUUCGUUUACUCAUACUGUUACGAAGAUUCAAAAGAUGAGGUCGCAGGGGUGGUAA